UGACACACCCUUGUACAUUUGGUUACUCAUUUUGUUUCCAAAUAGGUGAGGUUCUCUGUGUUUGGGAAUGGUUCAUGGGCUUCUGUGUCAGUCUUUAUCUGAAUGUUGCAAAGAUGACUUUACACCUAGGAAAGAAAUGUCCCAGAAUUGACAAUGUUACCAUGAAGCUUUUGAGGGAAAACAUAAUGUUCCUAAUAUAUAAUUAUGGAUUAAUAAUGCUCAACCUAUUUGUGAUCAAAUUGGAGUGCCUUCUUGCUAGCAGCUCAGAUUUUAGUUCUGCUGAAUUCACUUUUUGAUGGUGAAAAAUAUAUUGACUCAAUAAGGGAGUACUCUAAGUUGAGAAGGCUUGGGGAGAAAGGAGUAUUAAAAAUUUUGACCUAAUUUUGAAAUGUAUUUUCAGUUAAUUCAUCUUCUGGAACAUUGAUGCUAUUAGACUAGUUUACAGGGUUUUUGUUUUUGUUUUUAAAUAUAAGGAAGUUAUGUGAUAGAAGGCCAGCAUGAAAAUCUAGGCUCUUAUGAGGUUUUUAGUUGAAAUGAAGUAGAGUUCAAAUCUAAGAUACGAUUAAUAUUCUCCAGUACUUCAAGUCCUUGCUAAUUUAACAAAAGGUAUUUUUGUUAUUGUUCAUUUUCCAGGGAUAGUAUAGAAAAUAUAACUUUCCCCCCCACCCCCUCCUCCUCCUUAAUAUGUUCUCUGAAUGCAGAGAACUGGGGCCCUUGAAGAGGGGGGAAUUAUAUCCAUACCCUGCUGCUGCUGCUAAGGAGGCCCUUUAAAAAAGUCAUUUUUAGGUCAGGUUCAAGAUGUGUCAAUAACAUGCAUGCUAUUGUAGCUUAAGAAUUUAUUUUUAAGUAGCAGGUAUUUCUCGAGCAAGUGCUAUUAAGAUACAUGAGUGCAAGGCACUGGAGGAUGAAAUGAGAAUAGAACUCAGGGAGGAAGGUUGAAAACCUGAAGAGACACAGGCGGGUGCAUGCCACAUAUCUCAGUGCCUGCCAGCCUUUGAAAUUGAGACCCACAUUAAGAAAUACAUGUUAUGUCAGAAGCCAGGACAUACACUCAUAUCUAUAAUUUCCUGAAACAUACUGUUUCAGGAAAGAAUACCUACCCAUACCACAUGUCUAACCCACAGCUAUUUUCUUCUUGUAUUGUAAAAUGUUUGUUCUGACUCAUAAACUUGUGUUCAUGAUCCCAUUGAUCCAGUGAAGGGAUUAUGACCUGCAGUUUGGAAACCACGUAUCUCUCUGGUGGUCUGCUGUGGCUGAAGCGUAAAGAGUAGAGCGCUCUGAGUGAUGCAGUGAGAGGAUCCAAGGACUCUGUAGCUACAAUGUUGUCAAGACUUUUCCGAAUGCACGGCCUCUUUGUGGCCUCCCAUCCCUGGGAAGUCAUAGUGGGGACAGUGACGCUGACCAUCUGCAUGAUGUCCAUGAACAUGUUUACUGGCAACAAUAAGAUCUGUGGUUGGAAUUAUGAAUGUCCGAAGCUUGAAGAGGAUGUUUUGAGCAGCGACAUCAUAAUUCUGACAAUAACACGAUGCAUAGCAAUAUUGUAUAUUUACUUCCAGUUCCAGAAUUUACGCCAACUUGGAUCAAAAUAUAUUUUGGGUAUUGCUGGGCUCUUCACAAUUUUCUCCAGUUUCGUAUUCAGUACAGUUGUCAUUCAUGUCUUAGAUAAAGAAUUGACAGGUUUGAAUGAAGCUUUGCCCUUUUUCCUGCUGCUGGUCGACCUUUCUAGAGCAAGUGCGCUAGCCAAGUUCGCCCUCAGUUCUAACUCACAGGAUGAAGUGAGGGAGAACAUUGCUCGUGGGAUGGCGAUUUUAGGUCCCACCUUCACCCUGGAUGCUCUUGUAGAAUGUCUCGUGAUUGGAGUUGGUACCAUGUCAGGGGUGCGUCAGCUCGAAAUCAUGUGCUGCUUUGGCUGCAUGUCGGUUCUCGCCAACUACUUCGUGUUCAUGACUUUCUUCCCAGCUUGUGUGUCCUUGGUUCUGGAGCUUUCUCGGGAAAGCCGCGAGGGCCGUCCAAUCUGGCAGCUCAGCCAUUUUGCCCGAGUCUUAGAAGAAGAAGAAAAUAAGCCAAAUCCUGUUACUCAGAGGGUUAAGAUGAUUAUGUCUCUAGGCUUGGUUCUUGUUCACGCUCACAGUCGCUGGAUAGCUGAUCCUUCUCCUCAAAACAGCACAGCAGACAAUUCUAAGGUCUCUUUAGGAUUGGAUGAAAAUGUGUCCAAGAGAAUUGAACCGAGUGUUUCCCUCUGGCAGUUUUAUCUCUCUAAAAUGAUCAGCAUGGAUAUUGAACAAGUUAUUACCCUAAGUUUAGCUCUCCUUCUGGCUGUCAAGUAUAUCUUCUUUGAACAAGCAGAGACAGAAUCGACACUCUCGUUAAAAAAUCCUAUCACAUCUCCUGUAGUGACCCAAAAGAAAGUCACAGACGAUUGUUGUAGACGUGACCCUGUACUGGUCAGAAAUGACCAGAAAUUCCAUGCAAUGGAGGAGGAGGCCAGGAAAAACAGAGAAAGAAAAGUUGAGGUUAUAAAACCCUUACUGGCAGAAAAUGACACCUCAAACAGAGCUACAUUUGUGGUGGGGAACAACUCCUUACUCGGUACUUCACUGGAACUAGAGACACAGGAACCUGAAAUUGAACUUCCCGUGGAGCCUCGGCCUAAUGAAGAGUGUCUGCAGAUUCUUGAGAAUGCAGAGAAAGGUGCAAAAUUCCUUAGUGAUGCUGAGAUCAUCCAGUUGGUCAAUGCAAAGCAUAUCCCAGCUUACAAAUUGGAAACUCUGAUGGAAACCCAUGAGCGAGGUGUAUCUAUUCGCCGACAGCUACUUUCCAAAAAACUUCCAGAGCCUUCUUCUCUCCAGUAUCUACCUUACAGGGACUAUAAUUACUCCUUGGUGAUGGGAGCUUGCUGUGAGAAUGUUAUUGGAUAUAUGCCCAUCCCUGUUGGAGUGGCAGGACCUCUGUGCUUGGAUGGAAAAGAAUUUCAGGUUCCAAUGGCAACAACAGAAGGCUGUCUCGUGGCCAGCACUAAUAGAGGCUGCAGAGCAAUAGGCCUUGGUGGAGGUGCCAGCAGCCGGGUCCUUGCAGACGGGAUGACUCGUGGCCCAGUGGUGCGUUUUCCCCGUGCUUGUGACUCUGCAGAAGUGAAGGCCUGGCUUGAGACGCCUGAAGGGUUCACAGUGAUAAAGGAAGCAUUCGACAGCACCAGCAGGUUUGCACGUCUACAGAAACUGCAUAUGAGUGUGGCCGGACGCAACCUUUACAUCCGUUUUCAGUCCAGGUCAGGUGAUGCCAUGGGGAUGAACAUGAUUUCAAAGGGUACAGAGAAAGCACUUUCCAAACUUCAGGAGUAUUUCCCCGAAAUGCAGAUUCUGGCAGUUAGUGGGAACUAUUGUACAGACAAGAAACCUGCGGCCAUCAACUGGAUAGAGGGACGAGGAAAGUCUGUGGUCUGUGAAGCUGUCAUUCCAGCCAAGGUUGUCAGAGAAGUAUUAAAGACUACAACAGAGGCUAUGAUUGAGGUCAACAUUAAUAAAAACCUGGUGGGCUCUGCCAUGGCUGGGAGCAUCGGCGGCUACAACGCCCACGCAGCAAACAUCGUAACUGCCAUCUACAUUGCCUGUGGACAGGAUGCAGCACAGAAUGUUGGUAGUUCGAACUGUAUUACUUUAAUGGAAGCAAGCGGUCCCACGAACGAAGACCUGUAUAUCAGCUGCACCAUGCCAUCUAUAGAAAUAGGAACCGUGGGCGGGGGGACCAACUUGCUCCCUCAGCAGGCCUGCCUGCAGAUGCUAGGCGUCCAAGGAGCGUGCAGAGACAACCCCGGGGAAAACGCGCGGCAGCUGGCCCGAAUCGUGUGCGGCACGGUGAUGGCGGGGGAGCUGUCCCUGAUGGCAGCACUGGCAGCAGGCCAUCUGGUCAGAAGUCACAUGAUCCACAACAGGUCAAAGAUAAAUUUGCAAGACCUCCAAGGAACUUGCACUAAGAAGGCAGCUUGAACAGCCUGACCAUUCAGAACUAAAAAACGGGCAUUGGGUUCUAAAGGACUAACGUAAAAUCUGUGAAUUAAAAAACUCAAUGCAAUGUCGUGCUGAGAAUGAGUAGACAUGAUCAGUGAGACGACUGCUUGGUUUCUGGCUCUUUCAGAAUGAUUGAGGUUCUUCUUUCCAUGCAGAGUUCUCAGAUCUGAAAACAGUUUACAUGCUUUACAUGCUGUGUCCUCUGCAAGAUCUCGACAUGGAUAUUAUGCCUUUAUAGCAUCACAGAUGGUAAUCUACAGCACACUUCUGAAGGAGAAUACAGCUGGAAAAAAAAACUGUUUUCUUUUCAUGGAACUCAUGGAGAUGAGUGUGAAAUUGAACCUUCCUCCUGUCCACACCCACCCGGCCCCAACCCUGGGCUGAAAAUGGAUUUUUAAAUUAUAUUGUAGCUGACAAAACUCCUGAUUUCAUAGUUAAUUUAUUAAGUCUGGGUUGUAGACCUUUAAGAAAUAAGAACUAAGUUUAUUUUUUGUAAACUAAUACUCCAUUUGGUGCUGGUCUAUUUUGAUUUUGGGGGAUAGCCAACAUAAUUCUUCAGAAAGGGACCUGCUUUCUUCAAAGGAAGAAUUCCUCUUAUUCCCAGAUUACAGAAUAAUGUGCUAAGCAGUGCUAAACAGUUCUCUUUCAAGAAAACAAAUCACUGCAUUUAUUUCUGCAGGCUAUUUGUUCCGAGAGGACUUGUCUAAAUAUAAAUGUUUGUCUAGAUUGAUUAUAACAUAUCUUUCAGUAUAUAAGGCUUUAAGAAGCAGAGUUUUGUGCUCUUUAUUAAAGAUACAAGAACUCUUAAUAUGGCUUAGACAAAGGUGACUAUUUAUCAAUGAAAUACAAGUCUGUGACCUCUCUCAGAACUCAGAGGGUGGAAAAGGACAGGUUUGGAAGAAAAUUUACCAUUUCUUGAAGCCAACUUAAAUUUCUUAAGAGGCAAAUUUAUUUAGCUGAAAAAUCUAGGUAGUUUUUGUAAAGAACUAUACCAAAUCUGUAUAUGUUGUAAUAAAGUUUCUUGUGCUAGGAGUUUAUUAAAAGUGUUCAAGAAAUAAAUAAAAAUCAACUGAUAUUCUGGUAAAAUACUCUAAGCUUGGGCCAGAGCAGACAGUAUUCUUUAAUGUUGUCCAGGAAACCCUGGCUUGCUUGUUGAGCCUAAUGAAGGGGAGAGUCCUCUUUCAGAGCCAGUGAAGGCACCGCAUGAAUGGCCUUGGAGGGAGUGUCCCUUCCUGUGGCCAGGAGGUUGGUGGCUGAAAGGUUCACACAGGGCUCUUUGAUGGACCCAAAAAAGCUUCCUCAGGGGGUCAGCAGAGUUGUUGAAUCUUAAUUUUUUUUUAAUGUAUAACUUUUGUAUAAAUAAUAAAGAAUUCCUUAUUUUGUAUUACAUCAGUGCUUCAAGUGUUGGUCUUGGAAGGCUGGAGGCUCAUGCAGAAGAUGGACUUUGAGAACCAUUCCAGUCAUGCCAUGGCAGCAUGGAGAGCCUGAAUGGUGGUGUCUGCUUUAUUGUUGGGGAAGACUGACAUUUUCUGUUGUUAUGUAAAAGUUUAAAUUGUUUCUGUUGUGACUUUCA